CAGCCCUCGCCCAGUGUUCCCCCCUGCAGCCUGUUUGUGGCAAUGAAGCGCACGGGCUUGCGGAGGCUUGCUCUGCCGCGAGCCGUUGGGACUUGGGCUUUGGGCUUACGCAGUGGACCACUGAUCAGCGCGAGAUAUGGGCGCGCAGCAACAACAGCUGGAUGCCGUUGGCUUCCUUGCAACGCGCCUCGAGUCAUACACGGGCACCCUGCUUGCCGCCAGUUCAGCACGGCACCGCAGAGGCGAUAUACCGAUGACGACGGCGACGACGAUGCCGGCACGUACAGCGAAGCGGACUACGAACACGCCGUCAUCUCCACGUUUGAUCUCUUCUCCAUCGGCAUCGGCCCUUCGUCAUCGCACACUGUCGGCCCCAUGCGCGCUGGCAACAUCUUUGUCGCGGACCUCGUGGAAGCCAACCUACUCCAGCGGGUCGACAAGAUCCGCGUCUCCAUCUACGGCAGCCUGGCCCUGACGGGCGAGGGGCACAUGACGCCGUCGGCCCUGCUUCUCGGCCUGGAGAGCGCCGACGUCGAGACAGUCGACACCUCGUACGUGCCCAAGCGCUUCGUCGAGAUCAAGUCGACCAAGAAGCUCUUCUUGGGCCAGGGCCUGCCAGGGGGUCACAAGGGCAAGGAGAUUGCCUUUGACUACGAACGCGACUUCAUCUGGGAAUGGGGCCGCAAGUUGCCCCUCCACAGCAACGGCAUGCGGCUGAUGGUCUUCGACGCCCACGGCGACAUGCUGGCCACCAACGAUUUCUUCAGCGUCGGUGGCGGCUUUGUUGUCAACGGCGCCCUGUCCAACAAUGCCGCCGCGGCGGCUUCUUCCAAUGGAGGAGGUCAGGACCUGCCAAAAGGUGGCUCGUCCGAAGACUGCCGCGAUCUGGUGGCUCCAGAUUCAGGACAUCAUCCGGCUGAUCUGUCCGAGAACAUGUUUUACAAGGAGAUCCGCCGCGCAGAUGCUGCUGGAGAUCGCAAGACCGGGCUCGAGGUCAAACUCCUUGACGGCGACGAUGCCGGGGUGUCUGAGACUGGUUUGGAGUCCACUACUACUCCUCCUUCAAGCGGCCUCUCACCUACCUCGACUAGUGGUCCCACAGACAUCGAGACCGAAGGCGACCGCACUACUACCAAAUCCCCCCAGCCCCGUUACCCUUUCCGCGAUGCGGCCAGCUUGUUGCAUUUAUGUCACAAGCAUAACCUGACCAUCGCGCAGCUGGUGUUUGAGAACGAAAAGAGCCACGGGUCCUCGGAAGAAGAAGUGUAUCGGAAGCUCUUUCGCAUCUGGCGGGUCAUGGACGAAAGCAUCCUCGAAGGAGUCCAGGCUCCGCUCGACUCGACCCUACCGGGCUCGCUCAAGCUGCAUCGACGAGCCCCCGCGCUGUACAGGCGGCUCACGCGAGGUCUCUAUCCCUCACACACACAAGCAUCCCAAGACGUCGAACGCGCGGGAUCAUCAAAGACGCCCAAUGAACCCUUACCUCACCCGACAGCCGCAGUGGUGACUGCGGCACAAAAUCGCACGGGCCUGCGACGGGCUCCCCGCAUCGUCCAUGGUGCCCUGGACCACCCGAUCCCUCCGUCUCCCCCGCGCCGCACCACUUUCCCGGCCAUGGAUUACUUGACCGCGUACGCGAUCGCCGUCAACGAGACCAACGCGGCCGGGGGACGGAUCGUCACGGCCCCCACGAACGGCGCGGCUGGCAUCAUCCCCGCGGUGCUCAAGUACACGAUCGAAUUCAUCAGCGACGACCCCGAACGCGACGUGCCGACCUUCCUGCUCACGGCCGCCGCCAUCGGCAUGCUGUACAAACGGGGCGCGACCAUCUCCGCGGCCGAGGGCGGCUGCAUGGCGGAGGUCGGGGUCGCGUGUUCCAUGGCCGCGGGCGCCUUUGCGGCGUGCAUGGGCGCCAGCCCCGAGGCGGUCGAACAGGCGGCCGAGAUCGGCAUCGAGCACAACCUGGGCCUCACGUGCGAUCCCAUCGGUGGCCUCGUCCAGGCCCCCUGCAUCGAGCGAAACGCCCUGGGUGCCGUCAAGGCCAUUUCGAGCGCCAACCUGGCCCUCAGCAGUGAGACCGGCACGCAAAAGGUGAGGCUGGACGACGCCAUCCGGGCCAUGCGCCUGACUGCCCGCGGCAUGAGGAACGAGUUCAAGGAGACCAGUCUGAGCGGACUGGCCACGAGUGUGCCGCUUCACAUCCCCGUCAGCGUGCCUGACUGUUGAGGUGGGGGAAUCCAAGGUCUCGCGAUUUCGAGCUUUGCUUCUCGCUGUCACUUGUCAAUAUGUCACAAACGUGGUUAAAGGUGCUUCAAAGUGAUAGAAGGAGGUGGUUUGUUAGAUAUGCAAUCUCAGAUGCACCAAAACUUCCUCCACACCCUGUCUGUGGCUGGGCCAUACCCAACCACUUCAAGACGUGUCGGGUAUUUCAGGUGGUCUCUCUCUCUCUCUUUUCCGCUCUGAUCUCGAAUCAAUUUACGGAGACGAGACUCCAGAGGAUAAGAUCGUCAGCUUCAUGAGUAGAAAAAGGAAACAGCUUGAGAGAACUAGCCCCGCCGGCACAUCCAUCCCAGGGGCUUUGUCGUCUAUGGCCGUAGGACAGUGAAGACUUAGAUUGUACAAGGUAACUAUACCUUGCAGGUACAUGGGAUAUAUAGAUCUAGGAGAUUCA